AUGGCCAUGGCUGGAUUGUACCGUCGUAUCCUCCCUUCUCCUCCUGCCAUCGAUUUCGCUUCCGCCGAAGGAAAGCAACUUUUUAUUGAAGCAAUUCAAAAUGGAACGAUGGAAGGUUUUUAUAGGUUGAUUUCUUACUUCCAGACGCAAUCGGAGCCUGCAUAUUGUGGUUUGGCAAGUCUAUCUAUGGUCCUGAAUGCCCUAGCUAUUGAUCCUGGGAAGAAAUGGAAAGGACCUUGGAGGUGGUUUGAUGAAUCUAUGUUAGACUGCUGUGAGCCUUUAGAACAGGUUAAAGCUAAGGGUAUAUCAUUUGGGAAGCUGGUGUGUUUGGCUCACUGUGCUGGGGCUAAAGUUGAAGCUUACCGAACAAAUCAAAGCACCAUAGAUGACUUCCGUAAACACAUUAUGAGAUGUUCAACUUCUGAUGAUUGCCAUUUGAUCUCGUCUUAUCAUAGAGGAACCUUUAAACAGACAGGAAAUGGCCAUUUUUCACCUAUUGGUGGUUAUCAUGCUGGAAGGGAUAUGGCACUGGUUUUAGAUGUUGCACGGUUCAAGUAUCCUCCUCAUUGGGUUCCACUUACACUUCUUUGGGAAGCAAUGGAUAGGGCUGACGAGACAACUGCACAACGAAGAGGGUUCAUGCUAAUAUCGACUCCUCACACAGAACCAGGACUGCUUUAUACCUUGAGCUGCAAGCAUGAGAGCUGGGUUGGUGUUGCAAAGUAUUUAAUGGAUGAUGUUCCUCUUCUCUUAAAGUCAGAGGAUGUAAAAGAUAUUAACCAAGUUCUCCAUGCUGUUUUCUUAUCGCUUCCUUCAAAUUUUGGGGAGUUCAUCAAGUGGGUUGCAGAAGUUCGUAGACAAGAGGAUGGGGGUCAAAGUCUAAGCCAAGAGGAGAAAGGAAGGCUAUCUGUCAAGGAAGAGGUGUUAAAACAGGUGCAAGAGACUGGCCUUUUUAAACAUGUUGCGGCAUAUUUGUCUUCAUCAAAUUCAUGUUGCAGAAACGUGCCAAUUCUGGGUCAAGAAGAUGAUCUGCCUGACAUUGCUGCACGUGUCUGUUGCCAGGGGGCAGAGAUUUUGGCUGGGAAGUCUGGUUCUGUGGAAGGGUAUUGCUGGAAGGAAACAUGUGUGAAAUGCUUGAAAGCUAACGGUGACAAGCCCAUCACUUUGGUUUCUGGGACAGUUGGAGAUGGUAUCAGUGAUCUGGGGCUUGAUGUGCUGGUUCCUUCUUCUCAAACAAAACUGAUUUGCUGCCGCUGUGAUCCAAGCAGUCGCAUUGGAAUGUAUCCGCCUGGCAACGAUGUUUUAACAGCACUUUUACUGGCUUUGCCUCCAGAAACAUGGUCUGGUAUCAAAGAGGAGAGACUUCUGCAAGAAAUAUAUGCUCUUGUUUCAACUGAACAUCUCCCGAAUUUGCUGAAAGAAGAGGUUUUGCAUCUACGACGCCAGCUCCAUCUCCUCAAAAGAUGCCAAGAGAACAAGGUAGAUGAAGAUCUUGGCGAACCUCUUUCCUAG